GAGAGAGAGAGAGAGAGAGGGAGGAGCGAUCGGUAUGGAGGGAGGCGGCGUCUCCAGAGAGGAGGAGGAGGAGGAGGAGGAGGAAGCGGCGUCGUCGAACUCGCGGCGGCGGCCGCCGCAGCCGCGGCCCAUGGAGGGGCUGGGCGAGGCGGGGCCGCCGCCCUUCCUGACGAAGACGUUCGAGAUCGUGUCGGACCCGGCGACGGACCCGGUCGUGUCGUGGAGCGGGGCGAGGAACAGCUUCAUCGUCUGGGACGCCCACCUCUUCUCCACCACCCUGCUGCCCAAGUACUUCAAGCACGCCAACUUCUCCAGCUUCAUCCGGCAGCUCAACACCUACGGUUUCAGGAAGGUCGAUCCGGAUCGGUGGGAGUUUGCCCACGAAGGGUUCUUAGGAGGGCAGAGGCACCUCUUGAAGACCAUCAAGAGGAGGCGGCACGUCUUGCAGAGCACCCGCCAGCAAGGAGGGGCGUGCGUCGAGCUGGGUCAUUACGGGCUCGACGGCGAGCUCGAGAGGUUGAGGAGAGAUAGGGGCUUGCUGGUGGCCGAGGUUGCGAGAUUGAGGCGGCAGCAGCAGCAGUCAAGGGACCAGAUCUUCGCGAUGGAGCAACGGAUACAGUGUGCCGAGAGGAAGCAACAACAGAUGCUGGCUUUCCUCGCUAAAGCGUGCAGUAGCCCGUGCUUUAUUCGGCAACUCGUGCGGAGAAGUGCUCGUGGAAGGGAUUUGAGAGGAGUUGAAAUUGGACACAAGCGCCGGUUGACUGCUACCCCAAGCCUGGAGAAUCUGCAAGAUGAAGUCACGGUGGCUGCUAUAAGCAGUGGUGGAGCAGGAGAUAGCGCGAGCCGCGAGCAAGAGGAAAUGGUCACCUUGGAGUCGGAAAUGCGGACAAUGUUUUCGGCUGCCUUGGAUAACGAAUCGAGCAGCGACGUGAAGGAACCUUGUAUGGCUCCAGCUCCUGCAACAGAUGCGGUCAAUCAGACGAUCCUGGAAGAAUUACUGAGUGAAGAUCUGAUGACCGGGAAUCCGGAGGAAGAAAUAUUGGUUGGCGACCAGCCUGAAAUCGACAUGGAGGCCGAGGAUCUCGUGCCCGGGGGUAGGAAUGCUGGCAAGGAUUCGCAAGACCUCGCGAAUCGAUCGGGUUAUCUCAGAUCGAUGCCUUGACUCCAUCCAGCUCGUCACAGCAGGAUAAAUUCAUGGAAGAUUGGUGAGAGGCUAUCAAAACGGAUAGACAGAGAACAGUGUCUCCUUUGUACUUCAUGUGUGGUGACUCUAUCCACCUGAGGUUUUGUAUUAGCAGUUGGCACAGGUAGUUGUAUGUUUUGUACAGAGCGCUAAGGUACAGCAGUAUGUAAAGAUUAUAGCUUUAGUUAAA